AUGACGAAAUGGGGUCUUGAAAUUGAUGAAACACAUUUCUUAGGUGGAUUAGAUAAAACACCAUUCUUACAAUCAAUCAAUCCAGCAAUUUUCUUUGAUGAUUCAAAAGAAAAUAUUGAUCGAGCUAAAAUCUAUGUUCCAUCAGCACAAGUUAUCUAUGGCAUUAAUAAUCUUGAUCCUAACAUUCUAAUAAAAUCACCAUCUAUCGAAAGCAGAAACAUACAAAAUGAACAUUCCACAUAA